CAAAGGUGCGCAACUGUGCGUAACAUCCCGGGUGGGUGGACUCCGCUAUCACUGACAACAACCCCGAAAUCAAAGCAUGAGGACCCGGAUUACAUCACAGGCUUGCCGCUGGGGUUGGUCUGCCCACUCUCACAGGUGUAAUCACAGGGUUUUCUCGUGGGAACUCUCUUGGAGAGGCUUUACAUGUGGAGGUUUUACGCAUCCAUCGCCCCGGGAUAUAACUGAGGAAUCCUUCAGAUGACACUUCUUUGGGACAGCUCGUGUUCGGGAGAGAAACCCUCUCAGUAGAUCUUCUCGGGUGUCCCCCUGCUGAAACGUUUCAAAGGUACAGUUAUGUGGAGAACAGUUCGUACAGAAAUGCCUUUCUUGGAUGUUUCUGUGUUUUCUCCACUUUUGACUAGUCGGGUUUUUCUUCUGGUGGUGCUGUCGUGUCUUAUUUUCUAUCCCUGCAUGCAGUGUGCUCGAUCGCGCGCACAGCCACCUGGUAUUGAACUAUUAGAUUCUGGAACAUCCAACAGAGUAAUCCAGAAAGUUCUCACAACAGAUGGUAAGGAGUGCAAGUUUCCGUUUCGCUUUGGUGGGGCAAUUCAUGGCCAGUGUAUUCCUAUGAGCUCCAGUAAGGCCUGGUGUUCUCUAACACACAACUUUGACCGUGACCAGCAAUGGGGAUUCUGCAGUCCACGCACACGACUGUUUAAUGGGUUCUUCCCCCCUCGCAGGGAUCCGGGCCUCUGCCGACAGAACCCAUGUUUGAACGGAGGUGUGUGCGCUACAGCUGCUCAUCUGCACUCAUUUGAGUGUGUGUGUCCAGAUGGCUUUACUGGAGCCCUGUGUGAAAAGAGAAAAUGUUAUGAACAGCUGCAUCUUAAAUACUAUGACAUUGGAAAAUCGUGGGGACGAAUCUAUUUGCGGAACGUCGAGCUUUGCAUGUGCCUUGUUGGAGGAGUUAAAUGCAAGCGCGUACACUACUCAGUGUGCUCGAUUAAUUGCUGUGAAAAUGAUGGAGUGUGUAGAAUGAUUGAAGCCACAGGUGAAGAGGUGUGUGGUUGCACACAAGGAUAUAGUGGACGGUACUGCAACAUCAAGCCAGAAGAGCAGUGUUACCAUGAUUCAGGUGUACAGUACCGCGGUAUCGCUAAUGCCACAGUGUCUGCAUCAUCCUGCCUUCCCUGGAACUCUGAUCUGCUCUUCAGUGAACUGACAGUAGAGACAGUAGACAGCGCAUCCCUCAGGGGGCUCGGAGAACACGCUUUCUGCAGGAAUCCAGAUCAUGAUAAACUGCCGUGGUGUUACACAAUGACAGACAGAGCCAUUUCCUGGGAGUACUGUGACAUCCCACGCUGCUUCAAACACCAGUCCACCCGAAGAGGCCCUGUUGGACCCUUGCCAUCGCGCCCAUCCCGCACUCCUGGCAAAACACCAGUGUGUGGUAAGAAGCAUGACAAGCGGGUGAGUCGAGGGCGUAUCCUUGGUGGGACAUCUGCACUGCCCGGAGCUCACCCCUGGAUGGCAGCGUUGUACAUCGGUGAAGAGUUCUGUGCGGGCAGCCUAGUUUCCUCCUGCUGGGUCCUGUCAGCGGCUCACUGCUUUUUGCGCAAUCCAUCAGUGUCACAGAUUCGAGUUGUUCUUGGCCAACAUUUCUUCAACGACACAGGCCCGAACACCAGGACGUUUGGUGUUGAGAAUUACGUUUUGUAUGACCACUAUACUCUGUUCCAGCCAACUGUACAUGACAUUGCCUUAGUGAAGCUGAAGAAGAAAAAUGGACGCUGUGCUAAGAAAACACAGUUCAUCCGGCCGAUCUGUCUGCCAGGGAAUGACACGGUGUUUCCGGAUCAUUCCUGCUGUAAAAUCACUGGCUGGGGACAUAUGCAUGAGAAGGCAAACUCAUAUUCUCACCUGCAAGAGGGUGUUGUGAAGAUUAUUCCGUUUGAGCGCUGUUCAUCUCCAGAGGUGUAUGGAGCAGAUGUAAGGUCUGGCAUGCUGUGUGCAGGAAGUGACUCCUGUGUGGACGCCUGCCAGGGAGACUCCGGUGGUCCUUUAGCGUGCGAGUGUGACGGUGUGAGUUUCCUCUAUGGCAUCAUCAGUUGGGGGGACGGAUGUGGACGGACAGGAAAACCGGGUGUCUACACUCUAGUGCCCAAAUACGUUGACUGGAUAAACAGCGUCCUUAAAUCACCCAAAAAAAAAACCAACAAAAACAAACACAUUGGCUAACAGAACACUGGCAAAACAUUGUGUUGGGAAGCAACGCCAAGGAUAACCAGUAAAACUGUAAAUGUUUUAUUAUUUGUUAGGUCACACUUUAAAUUACAGUGUUCUGUGUAAUUAGUGUGUAAGUAAUACUAUGAACAUGUACUUAUUAUGUAAUUAUUUUGUGGAUCUGCUUGUAAUUACAUGUUUAUUGCUAUUGUAUGUAUAUCAACAUGCAAUAUUUGUGACAUCUUCACUGUAAUGUAAAGUAUUAUCAUGUAUUAUUUGUUUUUUGUUUUUUUGCAUUUCAAUAAAUUAUGAUUUUUACAUUUUAUUUUUAAGAUGACUGUGAUGUAACUGUAUCUUUUAACUAUUCUAUGCAUUCUUAAUAAAAAAAGAAACACAUUGUUUAGAUGGUGUUUGAGGUGAAUUGCACGAAGCCUGCCAAGGUUUAAAAUGAUAAAUUAUAUUUUACAUAAAGAAAA